CCCAAGUCAUCCCCGCGCCCUCCUCCGCUGGCCCAAAGGAGCRGCCAAGGAGCUCCUUGGAGGGCUCUGCGGGGCGAGCCCCGAGGGCGAAUGCUCCGGGCUGCGCCUCCCGAGCCACCGCCGGCUCCUCCGCGGCCAUGAAGGAGGAGAACGCGUGCCCGGAGUCCCCCGAGGGCAGCGCGGCCACCAGCGAGGACGAGGCGGAGCGGCUGCCCAGGAAGAGCGGCCGCAAGCGCGGGCAGGGCCCCGGCGGAGCCCCCUCGCCGCAGGGCAAGCGCAGCCGGCGCAGCCCGGCCCCGCAGCCCCCCGAGGAUGCCCACGCCCAGCGCGUCAUCGCCAACGUGCGGGAGCGCCAGCGCACCCAGUCCCUGAACGACGCCUUCGCCGAGCUGCGCAAAAUCAUCCCCACGCUGCCCUCGGACAAGCUCAGCAAGAUCCAGACCCUCAAGCUGGCCGCGCGUUACAUCGAUUUCCUGUGCCAGGUGCUGCAGAGCGACCAGCUGGAGCACAAGGUCGCCACCAGCUGCAACUUCCUGGCCCACGAGCGGCUGAGCUACGCCUUCUCCGUGUGGAGGAUGGAGGGCGCCUGGUCCAUGUCCGCGUCCCACUGAGCCGGGUCUCCGCCUCGAUGGAAGCAGCUCCAGCCCCCGAAAAUCCCCGGAGAGAGAAGGGAACGACCCCAAACCCUCCGAGAGCCCCGGGGACCCCUCAAACAGCGGGAUCGGGCCCGAGGGAGCGCUGCAGGAGCGGCUUUUCUGGAAUGAGCUGYUCCCGGUGGAGAAACCCCUCGGGGUGUGAUUUAUUGGGGGAUGGCAGGUAAGGAACGAUCCCGGAUUCCUCCUCGAGUCCUUCCCGGAGCCUCCCGGACAAUUCCUGCGGGGUCAGGGCAGGGCUGGAGCCCCUCACGCCGGCCCCGGG